AUGGGGGGAAAGGGUGGGGGAAAGGGUGGGGGAAGGGGUGGGGGAAGGGGUGGGGGAACUGGGUGGGGGAACUGGGUGGGGGAAGGGGUGGGGGAAGGGGUGGGGGAAGGGGUGGGGGAACUGGGUGGGGGAAGGGGUGGGGGAAGGCAAUGGGGGGAAAGGGUGACGGCUUCCAGUCGGAGGACGUGGCACUGUACGCGUUGGGCGUUGGGGCCUGCUCGUCUGACGCGUGUGACUCUAUCGACCUGCCCUUCGCCUACAAUCACCUCUUCCAGGAUCGAUUCUUUCUUCGAUCCGGCUCUACUGCUGCACGGAGAGCAGUACCUACGCCUCUUCCGCCCCCUGCCCACCGCUGCCAAGGUGGUGAAUCGGGCGUGCAUAUCUGGCGUGAAGGACAAGGGCAGGGCGGCCAUAGUGGAUGUGGAGACAGUCUCUUUCGACCGCGAGUCAGGCGCCAGGCUGGCACUCAACAGGUCAUCCAUUGUGCUGCGUGGUGCCGGGGGGUUUUCCUCCAAACCUGCCACCACCUCCACGAACCCAUCUCCACCACAACAGCAACCACAACAACCACCAGCAGCACGUGGCAGUGCAGCAGGCACCAAACAGCCAUCCGUUCGCCCGCCACCCCACGCAUCAACAGAGGAGCGCAUCCCUCCCAACCAGGCUCUGAUGUACCGCCUCUGUGGCGACCUCAACCCCCUCCACUCCGACCCUGAAUUCGCCGCCACUGCAGGCUAUCCUCGCCCAAUCCUACACGGCCUCUGCACGCUCGGCUUCGCCACCCGAGCCAUCCUCCGAACCUGCUGCAGGGGCGACCCGAGCCUCUUCCACAGCGUGCAGGUUCGGUUCACGGGGCAUGUGUUCCCGGGCGAGACUCUCAUCACCCGAACGUGGCAGCCCGUGUCCAUGCCAGCAUCAAGCGCAGCAGGUGAAGAAGAGCCAGCAGGAUCGGAAGGGGAGGCCGUGGGAGGAGGGGGGAGACCGUUGAGGCGUGUGAGCUUUGAGUGCUGGAUCGCAGAGCGCAACAAGAUGGUGCUGUCGGGGUGGAUGCAGCUGUGUGGUGACAGUGAAGGCACGGGCAAUGACAUCAUGGGCAAUGAUGGCUCCCCCAAGCCACGCUUGUAG